AUAUUAGAUAAAGCUUUUGUCUCCGCUGUGGCAACUUGACGGUUUGUUCUUAGUGUGGUGAUGGUUUUGACAUUCGUGAAUAUUCAAAAAAGUGGAAUUAACCGGGUACUAUGUCAAAAUCAAAAAUAAAACCUGUGUCCCCAAUAAAAAAUAAACGAAAUGUAAAAAAAUGUGAUUAAGACAUCAACAUCGAGUGGAAAAGUUAAAUAUUACCUCAUGCUCUGAGUAUUCUGAGUGUAGUAAUUUACGUCAAUCCGAUAUUUUUAAUUAUCGUUUUUCGGGUAUUUAUUACUUGAUAUGAAAUAAUAAGCCAAUGAUGCCAAAGUACCAGCUUAUGAGUGAUAAAGCAUAAUAAACAAAAACAAUAUCCGAAGUGAUUCCUAUCAUAAUCGGCUAGUGCUGUUUGGAUCUACAAUUUAUUUGUGAAUGCAUUAUCUAUGUACAUAACUGCAGGACGGAUGUUCACCAAAAACACAACUUGCUUUCUUCAUUUCGUAUUCCUCAAAUAACAGGUUUCUAGGAGAAGAAUUUGUUGCUACCAAAAUUAGAAGGUCGCUUACACCAUUCCCGAUAAAUACAAUAUAUCAUUAGUCAACCAAUUUACCAAAGAACGCAUUGCGUCUGAACGCACAAACCCCGACUCCUUGAUCACGAACUGAAGAACACAGAAUUGAAAACUAUUAAAAACAUUUAGAGAAAACAUAAAAAAUUAGUAUGAAUGGAUUCAAUACGCUUAAUCGUUUGCUGGGGAAGAAGAACAAAAGUCAAACAAUAUCAAAAUCAACAUCCAACCUGAGCAACAGUAACAGUAUAUCAGCACGACCCCUAUCACAUUAUGAUACCUCAGCUGCACCAUUAUCUAGUCAAUUGGAAACAGCAAAUUCAAUCGCACCCCUUUCGAAUGUCCCAUUCGAGCAAACGUUUCGUAUUACCGUUCACCUGCCCAAAGGUCAACUCUUUGUGGCUCGUCUGGGAGCCAAAACAGAGUUGGAGAAGCUUCUCUUGCUAGUUUGUGAGCAUAAGCAAUUAGAUGCAUCGAAAUAUGAGCUGCGACAUCCAGGCAACAACAGUCAAGUCUUCGGCCUGGAUCAAACGGUUGGUGCGGUGGGACUUAGUGAAAUUCGUCUUUGCCACAAAUCGGAAUCAUAUGAUAAUUUCAAUGCAGCGGAAAUUUUGACGCUGCGAAACACAGCUGGUCGCAACUCGCUCUCUUCUUCGGAGCUAAGUAGUCGAAAUUCCAAGCAUACCUUGAAAACAGCUAGUCCGUACAGUUCGACCAAUUCUCUGACCUCGUCAGAUUCUGCCGGGAUGAGCAACUACUCUGGACAACUAGGAUAUGCACACCCACCCCCGUCUCUACAAUCGUUCACACAGCAAAAGCCACCGGUGGCUCCCGUACGAAAAAAGCGUGCGGCACCUCGACCACCCAGCCAGAAUUCAGUGACUCUUUCGAAUGGAAAUGGAGACGUACAGCCUCAACAACAACAGGACCAACAGAAAUCAUCGACACUCGAGGUGAAGCAGCCUUCUCUGGCACGAAAGGAAUUCCACGUAUCUACUCCAAAUCUGACGCAGUGUUCGGAAAUGAGCCUUUUAAGAACUGCAGAUUUCCACAAGAGCAACGUUUCGGUGGAUUGUAACGGCAACAGCAGGAACAGCCGGGAUAAUAACAGUGUCGUAAAUGGCUCUUCUGACGGGAAUAUUCGUUGUAAUGGAUCUGGUGAUGAUAGAAGCCCAUCGACUCUGAAUCCAUCCCUUUCCGGCAGUCUGAGGCCAGCGUCGAUGAGUGUGUUAAAUAAUGAAAUUCUUUAUCAGGAAAAGGAACUCAACGGAAACCGGGAGUUUACUGUAAAUGGCAGCAUUUCAGAUCUAUCGCCUAGAAAUAAGCUUCCUGAGCCAGCACCUAGGAAGCGUAUAAUAACAACUAAAAAGAAAGCUCCAGCACCACCGCCCAGAAAUUUGCAACCUGUAGCAACACCAAGGUUUAGUGGUACAUCUAAUAAUACUCCUGCAGUGAUAAUUGAAGUUUCUCAAGAAAAUUCAGCAACUGCAAGUGUACCAGAAGAAAUUAGCCAAAGUACCGAUCGGAAGCCUUCUGAAGUAAAAGCUGCAGAAUCUACAGAAAGUAAUGCAGAAGAAACAACAACAUUGGUAUCGCCGGCAUCGACGAAUUCACAACUUCCUUCGUCUCCAUCUCAAUCCACUACCGCGUCUCUUCAAUACACCACCUCACCUCCUCAAACACCUAUGACACCCCCGCCACUUCCACAAACUGCGCCACCACCAAUUUCACCUCUUCAUCCAUCUACACCACCUCCUCAGGACGAUGUAAAAACAAUUGAGAACACUGAAAUAAUAGCAAACGCAAGUGCGCAGGUGCAGAAGGCCGAGGAAUCAAACCCCAAAAGUGUAACAAAUAAAAAUAAGUCUAUAGAAGAGCUACCAAUAAAACUAACAAAUGGCGAUGCACAGCCACAAACCCCCGAAUUUGUUACACCCCCCUCCACACCAGCUACGCCAACUACGCACAAUCAACUCGAAGCGAAGUUAUCUUCGGGAACGAGCUCAGACGAUGAUGAUCAAGUGAAAGUUUAUAAUAUAAAACUAGGAAAAACCAUUGUCCAGCCAAUAGCUACCUACGAAGCAAACGGUGAUAAUGCAGAGAAGCGAAUUACACAACAAUCAAUCACACCACCACCCAGAUCACCAAAACCUCUGAAAAUCCAAGCAGACUCGUUUUCAGGCCCUGAGAGCACAAUUAGUCCGACCAGUCCCCAGCGAGCCGAAUCACCUGAUUGGUCGUAUACUAUUCCAGCUCCACCCACAUUUGCUGAUAAUGAAACCGUCGCCGCUACUUGUGGCGGAUCUGAUCGCUUCAGCCCACUGAAUGGAUCUGAACUGUCCGACCGCGACGAUAGUAUUACGGCCACAAUCGACUCUCACAACGAAACUGCUAUUACAUCAGAUAUAGAAGAUGGAUAUCGAGGAGGCAAGAAGACGCAAGCUGCGAUUGAUGUUUCAUCUAGUUUCAGUUCCAGUCUGACUCAGGAAAAAACUGAAUUAUCGGGAGUUAAAGAGCAACCAGAAGUUACAAUUUCCGUGUAUGGCCGCCCGAAAAGCGUCAGUCCACCAAGAAGUCCACUGGAGAGUAAAGCCGAAGUCAUUACGCAACUCAAUGCCGUCAUUAAUAACGAGAACAGUGUGGAUUUCGGUGGCAUAGUGAAGCGAAGUGUAGACCAUGCAGACGACGUGAAAAUUCAAUCAGCAAAACCUUCAGAACUAAGCAACUUCACAAUACAAUCAUAUAACAAACCUGUUUCGUCCGAACUUGAUAAAACCAUUGACGCAAAAACGAAAACAAGCGAGGAAUUCAGCGCAGAAGUCGAUGAUGCGAGCAAAAAUGAUAGCAAUGAACAUAGUUCUUACAUUAAGUCAGCAAAAAGGCCUAGUUUGACCUUAAGCAAUAGUGUUGCGGGUCAACUGUCACGACAGCGAGGCGCCCUUGUUACAAGGUCCGAUUCCUUCCAUUCCACUCGAGCAGAAAUUCACAUAGAACCCGCACAACUUUCGCAGUCACGGAGUACAUCUCAUGUAUCAUUAGAUACUAUCCAGAAGCAAUCCAAUUUAAAUGAUCGUUUUACUGAUACCAAUCGAAGGAAGUCGUCCAGUGAACUAAGCAUUGGAGAAACACCAAGUUUACAAAGUUUAAUAGUGAUGAAAUGCAUACUAAAUUCACGAAAAAAUAGUCUUACCAAUGGCAUUGCAAUUUCUGGAGCAGAACUUCAAUCACCAGAGCCCCUCGACCCAAUCCCUGCAACCCCAACGACUCCAGCCCCUGCAGAAAUUGUUGAAACCGUCAACACUGUCUAUAGUCGACCUUCCCUGAAAGACUUUGUGUCUGUGACAGAAGAAAAGACGGCAGGGGUGGAAUCACUUGAAAGUAAGGAAUGUCGAAAUAUGUCUCUAAUAGAAAACAUAUCAAAGCAAUCGGCUCCGAAGGAUCUAUUUUCUAUAGGAAGAAGUCAGAACGCUUCUACCCCCGUCAAUAUGUCUGAUUGUGAUAGUUCUAAGGAAAAUUCACCAAAGAAUAAAGUUAUAAGUCAAUUAAACAGGGAGACAAAGCCACUCCCCCCAACUCGAGAACCUGCAGAGAAAAUUUAUCGAUACCAAGGUCCACCCAGCAUUAACUUGUCUACAUGGAGUGAACGGCCCAAAUCUCAAGUAGCUAUAAAAAGUGACAAUGAUUAUAAAUUCGGUGUUGGAACCGCUGACGCCCGACUUUCAUUCAAUAGCAGUGAAAGCAAAUCAGAAGCACAAAACCGCGAAGUGCCAAAAGCUCCGGCCAGAAUUCCUUUUGUGCGGAGUGUCGAAUAUAAAAAGGCACAAUCAGUAAUCGACUCAUCCAAACCGGAACCCAUAGAGCGUAAGUCGGUGGAUGAGGGUAUAGCCGUUCCCGUCCAUAAAAAUGCUGCUCGGCCUUUAAGUGUGAGUAAUCAUCUGAUAUUAGGACGCAUGAUGCCAAAAGUUGGCAACAAAAAUUUGAUGCCAGUCGUUAAGGGUUUCACCAGCUUAGACAUAACUCAAAGCGAUUCAACUGCUACCGAAACAUCAAAAGACCAUCAAAAUCAAGAUGUUGUUCUCCGAAAUCCAGCGACGAUAGUCCGCAGUAACUCGGCAGUUUCCACGAGUAUCCUCCGAUUAUCCACAGGGAGUUCAAAUCUACAAAAAGUUGCAAUAAACAUAGAAAACAAAGAUCCUUCUCCUUCGCCAAACCAACCAGCAACGGCCCCUCUAUUUUCACAAAUCUCACUUCGAAAGACGGGCUUAAAGGAGAAAAUCCUUGCAAGUAAUGAUGUUGUAGAUUCAGCUCGAAAGCCAAGAUCAGCAUGUUCCCUCCCUGAUCAACAACAAAGCUGUGCCAAAUUAGAAAUGAAAUUAACGACGACGACAACUAUUCCAUCGAACAUGAGUGUGAACUUCACCCCAACGACCCCUACAUUCCCAAACCCCUCUGCUAACGGUUCAGCCCCAAACUCCUUGAAUCGAUCGUCUGUGACGGUCCUUUCUGAAAUUCCACCCCCACCUCCACCAAUUAUCAGAUCCGUUGUCACAAAGCAAAACUCGUUGGGUAAGUCGGCCUGCAUUCCGGAUGCUCGUGAUCAACUUUUGAGUGCUAUACGAAAUUUUAACAAGGAUACGCUGAAUCGCAGUUAAAGCUGGCAUUGGAAAUAGGUUGUAAGAUGAUCACGUUAUGGAAAUUGCUUUACUAGUUUGUAUAUAGCCAGACAUUGGUCGGAGCAGGAGUGUUUGUAUUGUGGAAAACUGGUGGGAAAUGGACGAUCCAUUUGUUGUAAAAAGUAAUUUAAGGAAGGGGGGCUGGUUUUGUUAUACGAUAUUUCUUCGAUAUUCGCUAUUAUUCGCAAUUACAAUCAUUUAUUUCAAACAAAUCGGUUCGUCCAUUUUUCCAGUGUGCUUUCUCCCAUUUCGUGGAUUCAUUCAAAGUAAGCAAUGCCGGUUAAUGUCACAAAUGCAAAUAGCAAAACAAGGGUGAUGUGUCUAUUAUAUACGAGCACCGGAAAAAGAUUUAAAAAAAGACUAAGUGUUAAUUAUUAAAAGUACAUAAUCACGAAAUCAGGACUAGAUUUAGUGUUCGCAAUGAAUCCUGUUUCGUCCUACUUAAACCAAACUCAACAUUUUCACUCAGCCUCUCAACAAUGAACCCUCACGUUUCAAACCUCAUUUAUUAGAGAAAGUCCGAUAUCGAAAAUCAACGAAAUAGUCUGAUAUCAAAGCAAUAUACACAUAACAAUAUUAUAAUACCUUAAAAUUCCGAUAAAAUAGUUGUAUCCUUCCUUUCUUGUUUAUUUUUUCCAAAUAAGAUUUAAGUUGAAGAAAAAUACUAAACAGAAAUGCACACAAAACACCUGACAACUAUAAUAUCUUUCGAAACGUUAAAAUUGAGGUAAAUCGAUUUAGUGCACCCACGCAUAUAAGCACAUAAACACACACACGAUAAAAAGUACAUGUAAAAUUAACGAAAAAUCUAAAAACACUUAUUGUAAAGGAGCGCACGAAAGUGAAGUCAUUUUAUUUAUAAUGUAACAAUGAUGAUGAAUAUAACUUCGUUUUAGUAUACACUAUCAAAUCAUGGUUAUCUAUUGUUUUUAGUCUCUUAUGUACGCUCUUCCCAGUUCCAAAUCUGGAAGAGAAAUUGUUUUUUUAUUUCUGUUUUCUUCUAUGUAUCUGUAAUUUAACCAAUAAAAAUAAUGUAUUUAAUAAAA